UAAAGGAAACCACCUAUAAAAUACCUUUGCUUCGCGGCCUUCAGUCUCUGCCUCCUUUGCUCCUCCUUACUCAUAAACCCUAGCUUCUUCUGGUAAGCCUUGGCGAUUUUUCUUUCUGUGAUAUAUUAUCGUUGCGGUAAAGAGAGAUAAUCGGCAAUGGCGGAGACGGAGACGUUUGCCUUCCAAGCUGAGAUCAACCAAUUGUUGAGUCUUAUUAUCAACACUUUCUACAGCAACAAGGAGAUCUUUCUCCGUGAACUUAUUAGCAACGCUUCUGAUGCUUUGGAUAAAAUCCGUUUUGAAAGCUUGACUGACAAGAGCAAGCUGGAUGCUCAGCCAGAGUUCUUUAUCCACAUCAUUCCAGACAAGACCAAUAACACAUUGUCCAUUGUUGACAGUGGCAUUGGCAUGACAAAGGCUGAUUUGGUGAACAACCUUGGUACAAUUGCAAGGUCUGGGACGAAAGAGUUCAUGGAAGCUCUUGCUGCUGGAGCUGAUGUCAGUAUGAUUGGGCAGUUUGGUGUUGGUUUCUAUUCAGCCUACUUGGUUGCUGAGAAGGUUAUCGUGACAACCAAGCACAAUGAUGAUGAGCAGUACGUGUGGGAGUCCCAGGCUGGUGGUUCUUUCACUGUUACCAGAGACGCAUCUGGUGAGAAUCUUGGCAGGGGAACCAAGAUGACCCUCUUCCUUAAGGAGGACCAACUCGAGUACCUUGAGGAGAGGCGACUCAAGGAUCUGAUCAAGAAGCACUCUGAGUUCAUCAGCUACCCAAUUUCUUUGUGGGUGGAGAAGACCAUUGAGAAGGAAAUUUCUGAUGAUGAGGAUGAGGAAGACAAGAAAGAUGAGGAAGGAAAGGUUGAGGAAGUUGAUGAAGAGAAAGAGAAAGAUGAGAAGAAAAAGAAGAAGAUCAAGGAAGUCUCUCAUGAAUGGUCUUUGGUCAACAAGCAGAAGCCAAUCUGGAUGAGGAAACCCGAAGAGAUCACUAAGGAGGAGUAUGCUGCUUUCUACAAAAGCCUUACUAAUGACUGGGAGGAACAUUUGGCUGUUAAGCAUUUUUCUGUUGAGGGCCAGCUUGAAUUCAAGGCUAUUCUCUUUGUUCCUAAGAGGGCACCUUUUGAUCUGUUUGAUACCAGGAAGAAACCUAACAACAUUAAGCUUUAUGUCCGCCGUGUGUUCAUUAUGGACAACUGUGAGGAGUUGAUUCCUGAAUAUUUGAGCUUUGUGAAGGGUAUUGUAGAUUCUGAGGAUCUUCCUCUCAACAUUUCUCGUGAGAUGUUGCAGCAGAACAAAAUCUUGAAGGUCAUUCGCAAGAACUUGGUUAAGAAGUGCAUUGAGCUUUUCUUUGAGAUUGCCGAGAACAAGGAAGACUACAACAAAUUCUAUGAGGCAUUCUCAAAGAACCUCAAGCUUGGCAUCCAUGAGGAUUCUCAGAACAAGACUAAGCUUGCUGAACUUCUGCGUUAUCACUCCACCAAGAGUGGUGACGAGCUGACUAGCUUGAAGGACUAUGUUACCAGGAUGAAGGAGGGACAGAAUGAUAUUUACUAUAUUACUGGUGAGAGCAAGAAGGCUGUUGAGAACUCUCCCUUCCUUGAGAAGUUGAAGAAGAAGGGUUAUGAGGUCCUGUUCAUGGUUGACGCUAUUGAUGAGUAUGCUGUUGGUCAACUUAAGGAAUUUGAGGGAAAGAAGCUGGUUUCUGCCACCAAGGAAGGCCUCAAGCUUGAUGAGAGUGAGGAUGAGAAGAAGAAGAAGGAAACUUUGAAGGAGAAGUUUGAGGGUCUUUGCAAGGUGAUCAAGGAUGUUCUUGGUGACAAGGUUGAGAAGGUAAUUGUUUCUGACCGUGUUGUGGACUCACCCUGCUGUUUGGUUACUGGAGAGUAUGGCUGGACAGCCAACAUGGAGAGGAUUAUGAAGGCACAAGCUCUGAGGGACUCAAGUAUGGCUGGGUACAUGUCCAGCAAGAAGACAAUGGAGAUUAACCCUGAAAACCCUAUCAUACUUAGAAUUUGGUCUUAG